AUGAGGGCGUCGCCCGAUAUCAACCCGUCAUCGAACCUUGCUCAAGACUUGGAUGCAUGCGAGACAUGCGAGAAACGUCAGGCUGUGCCAGCAAUGUUCGACUGUCGAAUCGUACAAGCACGUAAUCUACCCUCACGGCUGGGCCAUAGCGUACGCCACGCCAAAUAUAUCGCUGAGGUAUCGAUCGGCGGUGUUACAAGGACGACAAGAUGGCCUGUGAAGGACGAGAACCCUGCCUGGAAUGAGACUCUUUUCGGCUCGAUACCAGUGGACUUUGGUGGGAUACCUGUGACCGUACGAGUCAUCGGGAUCCGUCAUUGGCAUGAUCCUGAAGUCAUCGCGACCAAAGCCCUCACCGUCGACCUUCGCAGGGAGGUUCCUUUAGGCGAUGGGCCGCCAUUUGUCUGGAAGAUGGAGCGCGUGCGAGGCUCUAGUGAAGAUCUACAUCUUCCUGACAUCACCGUCGAGAUCGCCUUUGCACGCGUCGAUUCCAGAAGGGCUCGGAAGCCUACAGGUGCCUAUGAGGCGCCACGUUGCGGAUCGCCCGGACCCCAUUUACCUGAAUGGAGCCGUCUUAUACGGGCCACAGUGAACGUCGUCCGUGCAGUGGAUGGUAUUGCUGAUAUCCACCCUUAUGCUACGCUGGCUCUACGGUUAUUGUCUCAGAUACCACGCGCUGCCGAGGAUGAGAUCGAGCGCGACGAGGUUAUGCAGGAGCUGCGCGCUACGGUCAGCGACACGUUCGCAUUCGUCGAGAAGUCCGAACCCUCGAAGCUCUGGCAUGACACUCGAGAAUCAGAUGAUCAUCGACUGGACAUCCUGGCGCGCUUGGUACGCCAGCUUACGGAGUGCUGUCGUUUCAUGCGCGCUUAUGCGGAUGCCCUAUAUGCCCCAGACAGAAAGUCGGUCUCCAACCUACGGGCACAUGUGCAGCGCUUCCGAGGUGCAGUGAAACGAUUGAUGGCUGCUUUUUGCGACCGCGAUACUUGCGAGACCGACAUCGCCAUCCAUCAUCUUCUCAGCGAGGACGAAUCGGACGUGUCGAGCGAGUGCCCGACGACCUCUGCUGGCACAGCUUCCACGGCGUCAUACUCGCUUCUUCACCCAAGGAGUCCGAACUCGAAGCGAAGUCUCAGAGCAGACGUCGUGGACGAUGUUCAGAAGUGGAUCGAAGAUCCCGCCUGUGAGGACGAUAUGCGCGCGCUUCUCGUCAUCGGCGAAGAAUAUGGCGCUUCGUCUAUUGCGCGGGAGAUCGCCAAGCAGUACUCUCACAUGGGGCGCCUCGCUUCUUCGUUCACCUUUGACGUCUCCGACGGCCGAGGCAUGCACCGCCCGCCGCAGAUGUGCAUCACUACUCUCGCACGCGACCUCGCCAACUUCGACGUGCACUGUGCUGCCGCGAUGCGCGCAUCCGUCACGGGCAACCUAGAUCUGGCGUUCUCCUCGGAUUGCUCGCAGCUGUUUGGCCAGCUUGUUCAAGAGCCGGCAAACAAGCUCUCCGUCGUGGGACCCGUUGUCGUCGUCAUCGAUGGACUGGACCUCAAAGGUACUGUCGCCGAGCGAACGGAGCUACCUAGAGUUCUCGCAGCGCAGCUUGACCGGAUGCCUUCAAACUUCCGCUUUGUGUUGACCAUGAAGCCUGACAAUCUUGUCGAGAGGGAGCUGGCGCGUCAUGUUGACAUGCUUCGCUUCUAA